AUGCCAAAAUGGCCCGGAAUCAAAAACGUUGCCGACGUGGUAAUCAGCCAUCGACCUGGAAAGAGAAGUGGACAGUAUUCAAGCACAACAGAAGGAAAGCAAGUGAGUUUGGAGUACUUUUGAAAGCGAUCUAUAUCAUGAUUGCGCAGGCUGGCACGAACUGAUCGCGUACGGAAUAAUUCUGAAUGUGCUCGGAGCGGCACUGUUGCUCAUUAAGGCGCAGUUGGAUAAAGAUGUGAUCAAGGCGGCCGUGGAGCAGAAGUUCCGAGACGCAGGCAUCCGAGUCAAUUCUACGGAUGGCUCGGAAGGAGAAGACGAAAUACUGGCGGAGCCGAGUGCCGUCCUCAUGGUUAUGAUCACGAUGGGCGGCCGGAUGGCCAACGUCGUCGGCACGAUGAAGUUGUACAAAGUGAGUGCAGAGAACUUAGGGAUUCUGAAGGAAACAGUCCAUUGCAGGGACUCGGCAAGUAUCUGUCGGACCGGAAACGGAAGAAGUUCCAAACAACGACGGAACGCAUCCAGAACGGAGAAGCCGAGACGGAAUGCACCGAGCUGCUGGCCGACUGCUGUCAAAUAUUCUAA